GGUUCUCCUCCGACGACUUCACAAAAUGACAUGCAUUCUUCUACCACUUCUGAUGUAAGUUUCGUGAUAAGAACAACCUUUUGAAGCCUUAACAGUGGUGGUCUAUGCAAACGUACACAUUGAGGGGAAGAACAGGGAAGAAGAGAGCGAGAGAGAAUGAUAAGAAGACUUUAUGAAGCUUCAGUGAGUGGAAAUCUCUCAUCUUUAAUUGAAAUCAUAGAGGAAGACCAGCUCAUUCUCGAUAGAGUUAUGGUCACUGAUCAGUUCAAUGAAACUCCACUCCACAUAGCUGCGAUGCUAGGCCACGUUGAGUUUGCAAGAGAGAUUUUGAGCCGCAAACCAGACCUUGCAACUGAGUUAGACUCAGAAAGUUCCUCACCUCUUCACUUGGCUUCAGCAAAAGGGAACCUUGAAAUGGUGAAAGAGCUGUUGAAGAUCAACCCAGAUGUUUGUCGUCUAACUGACCAAGAUGGGAGAACCCCUCUUCAUUGUGCAGCGAUCAAAGGACGGAUUGAUGUCAUGAAAGAGUUGAUUCAAACACGACGUGAAGUCAUUCAUGAAAGAGUUGAUAGAGGAGAAAGCAUUCUACACUUGUGUGUGAAACACAACCGUUUGGAGGCACUUAAACUAUUAUUGGAACCAGCAAGCACCGACCAAGAAAAGCAGCUCCUCAAUUGUAAAGAUGAUAAUGGCAACACUGCUUUACAUCUUGCUGUAGCUAAGAAACAGACUAAGGCCAUCGAGUUAUUGCUGGAUAAAAAUGGAGUAGAGGUAAAUGCACUGAAUGGGAGUGGUCUUACAGCUUUGGAUAUCUUAGCACAAUCUCCACGAGAAAUGAAAGACAUGGACAUUGGAGAGUCCUUAAGGGCUGUUGGGGCAUUAAGAGCUAGGGAUAUUAUUAUAGUAUCAGCAGUAAAUGAAAAUGACCAUUCUGAGGCAGCCAUAUCAGGAAGGGGUAAAAUAGUUUUCUCCUCCUCACACACCCGGACUAGUAGUAGCCAAAUAAAAUCCCCUGACAAAAACAAAGACAAUUGGUUAGAGGAGAAGAAGAAUUCAUUAAUGAUAGUGUCAACAGUAAUUGCUACCAUGGCUUUCCAAGCAAUACUGAGUCCUCCAGGUGGGGUUUGGCAAGAUUCUGGCCAGCAUCUUGAUCCUAUUAAACCCCAUCAUUAUCUUAACCACACGGUUGGUACUUCAGUAAUGGCAGAUGAUAGCCCUUUUUGGUACCUUAUGUUCCUGAUAUGCUGCACACUUUCUUUUGUUGGGUCUUUGAGUAUAACUCUUUUUCUCAUAAGUGGAUUACCAUUGAGGCGAAGGUUUUUUAUGUGGAUAUUGAUGGUAAGUAUGUGGGUCAUAAUCACAUCAUUGGUAUUGGCUCACGUUGUGUCAAUAUCUCAACUGACACCAAAACCAAAUGGUGUUUGGUUUAGUUUGAUUGUUUUACCUGAACAGCUCGUCGCACGAAAUUUUCAGUUUAAUUUGAUUAUAGAAAUAAUGGCGGCUUCAGUCACUGUUUGGUUGGGGUUGGUGGGCCUUGUUCUCUUACUUCACAUUGUUCGCUUGCCCUUCUUAUGUGUGAAGAAAUGUUGGAAACCAACACGACCAGUUAAGAAGCAUCCUCAGAUGAUGAAUAAUGAUCAGAGUCAAUCCAAUGUUUGAAUGAAAUUUGGGGAUAGAAAUUAAAACUUUUCCCUUUUUCAUUCUGAGAACUUUCUCGAGAGUAUGUAAUAGCAUUUCAGUUCCAGUGCUGUUUAUGCUUUAAUUAAUUAAUUAUGUUACUUUAUAUAUGUUUAAUUACUAUGAGUAUGA